AUGAAGUUAUGGCAUCUACAAGCCCAACAGCCGCACACCAUGGCGGAAGCCACAGCAUCGGAAGCGGAAAUCGUCGAGCCCACCACCGCGGACGCAGCCGUAGACAUGGCUGUCGAAAGUUCCGAACCCGCCGGCAUUAACUCAGCACCAAACGACGAGCCCCACCAGAAGCGGAGUAGAGAGAACAACGAUGACGAAGUAGACGGUGUUCCGAAGAAGCAGAAGGUGGAGCCGAACGAGGAAAGGGAACCUCUGAACGGGGAGGAUGAAGAAGGGAAGAAACCUUCUGGUCCCGUGAAACUGGGUUUCAUAAGCUUCGCCUCUUCUGUGGAAAUGUUCGAUUACUUCAACAAUCUCCUUCAUAGCUGGCCCCCUUAUCUCAAUCUUAACCAGUAUGAACAUAAAAUGUUACUGGAAUUGCUGAAAACCGGCCAUACAGAGCCUGAUGAUAAGAUUGGUGGAGGAAUCCGAGUUUUUCAAGUACGCAACCAUCCCACGUGGAAAAGUAGGUGCUUCUUCCUCAUAAGGGAUGAUGAAUCUGUUGAUGAUUUUAGCUUCCGCAAAUGUGUAGAUCAUAUUCUUCCGUUGCCAGAAGAGUUUCAAGUGAAACCUGAUGCAAACAGGGCAUUAGGUGGAGCAAAAAAUCAUCAUAGAGGGAAAAGUGGUGGUGGGAAAGGUGGACGUGGCCAUGGGAAAAAGGGAGGAUCGAGACAUUGA